AUGGCCACCGCAAUUCAAUCGCCAAUUUCGCAACACGGCGUCCCUCACGGCGAUGUACAAGAUUUGCCUCCCCCGGCCCCUGCGGCGAAAAAAGGAAAAGCCAAGAAAGAAAAGCAAUUGAGCGCUGAGGAAAAUGCAAAAUUGGUUCAGGCUAGGCUAUCGCAAUUAGAGCAAGAGAAGGCUGGCGAGAAAAACCAGCAAGCAGAGGUCGAUCGGGAGGUGAAAAAGGCCACUAGGGACCUCAACGAUCUGAUAAGCAGCGUUGAAGGCCCCAUGAACCGCCUCGAUGUUGUACAGAGAAAAUAUGAGGAACUCCUAUCCGACAUGAAAAAACUGGAACGUGACCAUGCUAAAAGCAAAAAGCGCGCAGAUCAGCUGCAGAAGGACUCGGAAAAGGCGAAAACGGAGCACAACAAGACUGCCACCAUGAAAGAUAAGCUGGAAAAGCUGUGCAGAGAGCUCACAAAGGAAAAUAAAAAGAUCAAGGAUGAGAACAAGAAGCUGGAUGAGAACGAGAAACAGGCUCGUGAGAUGAUGAACGAAAAGCUGGAUCAAAUGCUCUACGAUGUCCAGGAUGCCAUGAACUCCAAGACCACAACCCAUCCUGAAAAUUUGCAUCUUGAACUGGACGAUUUAUUUCGGACAAGAUGCAAAGUCUUAUCUGAUCAGGCCGACAUCCGCGAGACACAUUUCAAAUCCAUCAUUCGCCACAAAGAUGCCGAGAUAGGCCACCUCCAAGCAAAGUAUGAGGUUGAACGUAGACGAGCCGACGCAGAAGCUUCGCGUUGUCGUACCCUGACCAACCAAGUCUCCACCUUUUCCCACACAGAAGCAGAGUUACGAAGCCAGCUCAACAUCUAUGUCGAGAAAUUCAAACAGCAGGUGGAAGAUACCCUCAACAACAGCAACGAGCUUUUCCUCACUUUCCGCAAAGAGAUGGAAGAGAUGUCGAAGAAGACUAAAAGACUGGAGAAGGAGAAUCUCACCCUCACUCGAAAACAUGACCAGACCAAUCGCAACAUCCUGGAAAUGGCCGAGGAGCGAACCCGAGACAAAGAAGACCUGGAACGACUCCGUAAGCAAGAACAACAGAUGCGGAACAUCAUCAAGUCAAUGCAGGAGCAAGGCCGUGGAGGUCCCAUCCAGCAAGAGCUCGUUGACGAAGAGGGGACGGAAAGCGAGUACGAUGAAGAAUACGACGACGACGAAGACGACGAAGGCAGCUACGAGGGAGAGGAAGAGUUGGCCGCCGAAGUCGCCAAACCUGUCUUUGGACCUGUACCACCACCGGAGAUGCUAGCGGGUAAAUCCAACGGCCAGCGCGCUGCUUCUACCAGUGGCGUGGUUAACGGUGUCAAGCAUUAA